AUGAAUGAGAAGUUUUACGACACCGGUCUAUGCUGUGGUUAUGAUUGGGAUAAAAUACGGUGCUCAAAGGACUGGGCGCCCGUGGAGCCAGGGCUUCAGCCCCCUGAUCAGAUAGGACGGUUCCCCUGGCUAGGGGUUAUACAACACGACUUCUACUCCGCAGAUACGAUGCGGUAUAGCAUCACAGGAGCUGUGCUCAUACAUCCCGAAUAUGCGCUUGCGUCAGCAGAAGACAUGGCUAAGAUCGACAAGGACAUCGUUAGGAACAGCACAUACUUCAUGGUAUGGUACAGUUCGGUGGUGAAAUACACCAUGGGAGUGGAAGAUUACAAGCUAAACCAAGAGUACGAGACUAUGACGUAUGCUACCACUGCACUUGUCAAAAUCGUUAGAGACAGGACCAUCGAGCUGGGAGACCCAGAGAAUGGAGAAUUCCAGAAAGAAGUAAGCACUAUGGAUAUCGUGGACGUCAAGAAUUGCGACUUAUAUGAUGAAAAAGCCGAGCCGGAGUUAAAGAUGCUGGUGCCGACUUACCCGAUCUGCGCGACGGCGCAGGGCGUAGAUUUCACAUGCUUCAUGGACUCGGGCGCCGUGCUCGUCUCUAGGGACUCCAACGAAUUUUGGACGUUGACAUUACCAUUUGAGCCCGCCAGUGAGGAAGGAGAUUUGGUCACGUUCAAGCGAAUCUCCAAUGCCGUCAAAUGGGAUAAAGUAAAAUGCUCAGUAGACCGUGCUCCGAUAGUAGAAGGAGUGUUAUCCCCAGACCAGAUGGGACGGUUUCCCUGGCUCGGAGUGAUACAGCACGACUUCUAUCUGUAUGGUAAAAAGCGAACGUUCAGUGUGACGGGAGCCGUAAGGAUUCAUGUAUCCUAUGCACUUGCACCUGCCGAGGAUAUGGCUAUGAUAAACAGAAAAACUAUCUCCAACACGACGCAUUUCAUAGUGUGGCACAGCGCCAACCUGAAGUAUUCCAUUGGCGUAGAAGACUACAUCAUGCAUCCCGAAUACGAAGAUCGGAAGACCUACGCGACCACCGCGCUGGUUGAGCUCAUGAUUGUGGAAUCGAAUCAAGUUGGGCACCCAGCUCCAGUCCUGCCUAUCUGUUUGCCCGCCAAGAACCACCCUUCUUAUGACAAGAUCUAUGUCGUGAAAAUGACUACUGGGGAUGAUGGCCAGAUUCUGAAGGAGAUAAUCUCAAUGAUUGCCAUUGACAACAAAGACUGCGAUAUGUUCUAUGAAAAGGCUGAGCUGGACUUCAAGAUGAUGUUGCCUUCUCAGCCAAUUUGCGCGGCUACCCUGGAACAACAACCAGCCUGCAUAUGGGACGGCGGCGCUGUACUGGUCACUAGAGAGCCGGAUAGCUAUUGGACACUGUUAGGUUUCGGGGUGCGCGGGCCGGGCUGCGGCGCGCCGGCGCGCUUCGUCGACGUAAAGAGCCAGCUGUUUUGGAUCGACCCUCAGGUCAGCGCCACUACGUGA